CAGUGUCCACGUGCCCGCAACUUUAACCGCAGCGCUACAUCUGAAGCAACAGUGACGCGCAUCGGGAUGAUGAGAAGUCCAACGACCCUAACAUACCCAGACCAUAGUGACAACCGGGACCAGGUGUAAAUCCCAAGAAUAGCACCAACACUGUGGGGUUCAGUAUGAAAGCUCCAUAUAGUCAUGUUGUUUACCCUGAGUAAUCUUUCUGGAAUUGUCAACCGGGCACAAGGGGGCGUGAACCCAAACAUUUAGUGGCUGGCUGUAAUAUAUACGCGUGUAUUUUGAUCAUUUUGGCAGAAACCUUCGACGCAGCACAGACCAACAUCUCUAAGGAUUUUUGCAUAUAUAUUAAAGAUAUGGGCCAGUGUGCAAGCGAGCAAGUGACCGCGUCACUUACGACGACUAUAAAGUUGACCGAGAAACGGAUUGCUGGCAUUUCUCAUGGAAAACUGCGACCAGAACAGAAUGACACGAGAGCUGGGACUCCAGCGGACAGACGACGACACGGCUGCAACAGUCAUGACGACUGUGCCGGGCUGGUUUUUGUGGCGGAUCCAACUGGUGGGGUGUGGAUAGAUAAAACCCCGGAAAGACAAAGGUAAAUGAUCGCAACUGGAUAAAUAUGGCUCUCCAUUGCUGAAGGAAGUUCCGUUUCUUCCUGAAAUCCAUCCGGAUGAAUAAUCCAGUCAACGGUAUCUGGAAAGUUUGGGAUGGUGUGAUAAGGAUCCGUGAAUGCACGAGAGAAACAUAAUCCAUUAACUUUUCAUUGUACUGAAAUGGAAGCAGUAGGAUGCAUUUCUUUGAACUUUUCUUUCUUUCUUUCUUUUUAAACAAAAGUUUAUAGUUAAUUUUAAUAGGUGCGAUUAUCACCUACUGUACAUGACUCAAACUGAUGAAUGACAUUGAAAGGCUGCUAUAAGUCCAAUUCAAGACAGUAUUAUUUUUUAUUUACUUUCUUUAUAUGGCCUCAUGGCAAGAGGCAACUUUAAUUGUGUUGUUUGUAAUUUUAAUGUUAUAUUAACUAUUUAAUUUCAAUCUAUGUGAAACAAAACAUAGCAUGAAGAAUUUCGAACAUAUUUGACACUAAACUGUGGAAAAGUUUAUGUAAAAUUCAAUGCAGGUUUUCAAAACACACACCGACACACCUUUACAGGGAUCCCUAGGAUAUCAUUUGGGUGGUGCCCCAUCACACUUUGACCCCUGUAAUCACUGUGUCACACAGAUAAGCCUAAUAUAAUACAUCACCGAGUAACACGGACUACAUCUUAAGUAAACUCAUUUGUUAAGUAAAGCCUGUAAGAAGCGUUUGUUUUGUGAACAUUUGACAUGGGCCAAACUGGAUCCAGGCAAAAACCCGAAGUGCGUAUUCUCCUACUAGGCCUUGACGGAGCCGGAAAAUCGACCCUGCUUUACAAGCUUAAAUACAAUGAAAGCUUCCACACAGUUCCAACAAUAGGAUUCAAUGUAGAAAUGAUCGAAGCAAAGAAAAGCAGGGAGAAAAUCGCCCUGACGUUGUGGGAUGUCGGUGGCCAGGAUGAGAUGCAAAAACACUGGAAGAAUUUUUACCAAGACUCGGCCGGAAUUGUGUUUGUGGUGGACUCUUCUGAUUUUAAGCGACUGGACGAGGCCAAAAGAGUGUUGGAACAGACUUUAAAGAGCGACCACCUCAGGGGACUGCCAGUCAUUGUUCUUGCCAACAAGCAGGAUAUUGAAGAAGCUAAAACUGUAAAGGAGAUCACAGAACGGUUUAAUUUGAGAAAGAUUUGUAGCGACCGAGACUGGUUCAUUCAGCCUUGUUCUUCAUUGACUGGAGCAGGUCUGGUGGAUGGUUUCCGAAGAAUGGUGCAUCUGGUGAAAAUGAAACCCGAGGACAACACCAUCAAAGAGACCAUGAAACACAUCAGAUCAAAAUCUAUGAUGUCAAUGAAAAAAUAGCCUACGCUACUUUUGUAAUUUUGUUAAUCACGCUAAUUGAAGGUAUGGUUAUACUAUUUAUUUCGAUGUGAACCAAAUGGGAAAUGUUAACAGGAGUUGCUAAAUUGUGUAUUUAAUGUGAAUGUGUUUUCUGUAAGAUCACCUCAAAGAAAAUUUCAAGAAACAAGAUGUUAAAAUGUUUUUAUUUUUUUUAAGUCACAUUGUUUACUUCCAUCUUUUAUUUUCAUUUGUAUGCAUUUACGGAGAUUAAAUUAUUCAAAUCCACUCCCUUCUUCAGAGCCCAGGAUAUCAGAAAAAUUAAGAAACAGGGCUUUUCCUGACCUCAAGCUUUUGGUCCCUUGAGUGACUUCAAGUGUAUCUGUCACUGGACUCAGAAGCUCAGGCUUCUCAGUAACAGAUGUUGUUGAGUCUUCAGAUGGGCUGAUCUGAAGAGAUCCUGAUAAUUGUGAUGUUUCUUGCUUUGGGAGCACAACUAGAGGACCUAAAGUGGUAAUCUUAUGCCAAUCUGAAGAGAAAGAUUAAGAGUUGUAAAAUCCUCCAACGUGCAAGUUUAUGAAAACAGAAACAUUAAAAUUGUGCCAACCUUU